ACAUGAUAUUCGAUAAAAGCGCAACCAUCAUAUCUCUAGUGGUUUUCUUGGAUCAUGAUCACAAGCUCUAUAGGUACUAUCCAAAAUAGGGUCACUAAUCAACUCGUUAUGGUAAUGGGGCAUUGGGGCAAUUUUCCACUUGCCUUUCUGGACUUUAGCCUCAACUAGUUUCGGUUGGACGGAAGAUGAUACCUUGGAGAACUAGUUAUUGUUAAGGCAAAUUUAUUACUCUAGUACUUCGACGAAUUUAAGUACGAGGUUACUUAUAUAUUAAAUAUAUAACGGGGUGUUGUGAUUUGUCAUGUGGCCAAGAUACGCGACCAAAAUAAGCGGGUGCAGAUCCUAACAUUACCUACUGUUAGUUUUUACAGAACGACGCUUUCUGUGUUACCACCUAAUUUAGUCCCGGGAUUUCGUCGUCGUUAUGCUGCUACUGCAAACAUAGCUAGCUCUGAAAAUAAUAACAAACAGGCUAAUUCGAACGUUUCUUUGUGUUAGUAUUUCGUUCUCCCUUAAAUAUAUACGGUACGUAACUGAACGAAAACAAUUACUCAAACCCGUUAACAUUCAGGUCAUACUGAGCAAGUUUUGGUGUUGCAGGUGUCCAUGGGCGGCGGUAAUCGUUUACCAUCAGGUGAUCCGUCUGCUCGUUUGCCUCUUGUAUCAUAAAAAAAGUUUUACGUUGGGAAAACCCCGAAAUCGCGAAAAAAAAUUAACUCUCCCAUAGGAAAUUUCAACAUCUGACCAGAAAAAUGUAUGAAGCAAUGAAGAGGAAACAUUUUUUUCGCGGUUUUGCGGUUAGUCCCUUAGUAAAAGUUGCUCAGUUUGACCUAAACAUUAACGGGUUUGAGUAAUUGCUUUACGUUCAGUUACAUACUAUGUAUAUCUCCACUACUCGCAAUUUCUAUUGCUCGUAUUUCAAAAAUAUCAAUUCACAGUUUUCUACAGAUUUUCGAGUGCAGAAAUCGAGUGCUCGAAUUUCAAACUCGGCCCCGUACACUGUCAUGAGAAUAUUUGAAUCAUGUUAUUUAGUUAUCGUGCAUCUCGCCCGCGUCGAUUCAUGUACGGACAUGUACGAGCGAAAUGCACGAUAACUAAUUAACAUGAUUUAAUGAUUUAAACACCAUUGUCGGUACGUAUGAAUCGGCCUGAAAGUCAUAAUCAGAGAGUUUUCUUGUAGAUUGUAUGCCACCCUUAACAGCUAACCCUCCAUCUAAGGUUGUAUAGUCGAUACAACGCAGUCGUCUCUCGGCAUUCAACCACGUCGCAAGGAAAUUCCUUUGCCAAGUCGCGGGCUUUUCGCGAAGUUACGCUCGGUAUCGAAUUCUGUACGAAAGUGAUUUUAAAUUUCCAUCCGCCCGCGAAAACUGUAACGAAAAUUAGGUACAAUGUGAAUGGUGGAUGAAGAAAACUCAAUCCAGACUGUGUCGUGUAAAACCCAUUUAAAAGAAAAACAUUUUAGAAAAUGACUAUUUUUGAAAGUGUCCAACGAAACCAUAUUAUAACACUACAUGGACGUAUAAGUAUAGGAGAAGUGGAUGAUCCAAUGAAGUAAAAAAAUGGAAGACAGUUCGUGCUGCGGGCUGUGGAGAAGGGUGCGCGGGCGCCUGUGUCACCGGCGGCGUCGAGUGGCGCCGGAGAGGACCAAUGGCAAAACUAGUAGGAGCCGAGAAUCUCGUCGUCGAAUCAACCAUCCUCCGCCAGCGCACUACAGUGCCCUCAGCGAAAAGGUGCGUGUAAGCACGCCCGCGGGGCUCCAAUGUGCACUGUUUUGCGGGGGCGCUCGCUGUCCCUACGAGCGGCCCGCGCCUCAGUCUGCCCUGCAGGGACUGUACUCCGAUUGGAUUACCGACGACAUUUUGGCGAUGGCGCGCCCCAGCACCGCCGGUAUCGCCGCGAGGAAUAUCAUACAGCAAUUCCACAGUUGGGGUAUCCGGACGGUGAUAAAUCUACAGACACCCGGCGAACACGCCAGCUGCGGCCCGCCCCUCACCAGCUCUGGGUUCACAUAUGACCCUAACAUCUUCAUGGCCAACGACAUUUACUACUACAAUUUUGCCUGGCCAGACUACGGGGAAGCCAGCCUUAGCGGGCUGCUGGACAUGGCCAAGGUGCUCUCAUUCGCGCUGCAGGAGGGCAGGGUGGCCAUACAUUGCCAUGCAGGUCUCGGUCGCACCGGCGUGCUGAUAGCAUGCUACCUCGUGUACUCACUGCGCGUGCGCGCCAACGACGCCAUUCGACUCGUGCGCAAGAAACGACCUCGGUCCGUGCAGACUUCGGGACAGAUACUGUGUGUACAGCAGUUUGAGCAUUAUCUACUACCACAGACGGUAGUCUUUAGCUCCAAGGAGCCGGUAAUGUUAACAAAAGAUAAGAAGACGGCAGAAUUUACAAUACGACAGUACCUGUACCGGCAGCGAGCAACCCUCCACGGUCUUGACGAAAGAGCUUUCAAAGAACUUCCAAAGAUAAUAUACUGUCUCUGCGAGCGCCUCCUCAAGCUGAGCGGCUGCCAUCAAAGCGUGGGUCUGGACUUCCGCGUCAAGAACCGACCAUUCUACAAGUCCUUCCUGUCUUACCGGCUUCGGCAGGUGCGGGCCCCGGAUCCCACCACUCCCGAUGAACUCCCAACAGAUCAAGUGCCAACGUUACCCAUGAUAGAAUGGAGGGAUCCCGUGGAAGAGGACAUCGAGAGGAACUUGGAGACGGUCAGCAGAAUCACGGGAGCCACUAGCGGGACCAUACCGGCCUUACACGUUUAUGAGGCAUUUGUAGUGGACCAUCACAGUCUUCCAGAAGAACGACAGAAGUAUUUGAAGCAGAUGCGUAUAGAUAUCAACCAGAGGAGAGAAGGCAUCGAAAAAAUAGAUGAAGAGGAGGAUCCAGCAGUGCUAAGCGGACUACUCUUCGAAUGGCUAGAAGGGUUGAAGCAGCCCAUACUGGACCGAGAGGAUGUGACGCUAAUCGUAGGACGAGGACAGGACGUCGAAGCUUGCAUAGUGGCUAUGCAUAAUGAAGACGCCAUUCUUCUCGAGUACCUCCUCCGCUUCGUGACCCGCCUACGCCCUCUAGCGGCCAACAAGAAAGUGGACAUCAUAAAGCGCCUCAUCGCCUCGCUCACACACCAAACUGUGGCCGUCAACGGCCGUUGUCUUCCCUCCAAACGCGACUUCCCGCGGCUGCGCGACGGCACGACGAGUCAGAUCGUGAAUUUUAUGUUAAGAUUUGUUGUGGAGUUGCAAAAAGAUAUGGUUAAGCCUGGGAAAGAUGAUAGGGAUGUUGUUGUACCUGUGCGGCGCCCAAUAAAAGCGUGGAAAUAAUGUUUGUUUUAUUUCAUUAAGUACCUACAUGUUUAAACUCAGGAAAAAGGGUAUACAAUCUUGAUGUCUUUUUAUUGGAAA